CCGAUCCUUAUAUGGUAACUUAAACAUGGGCGAAUGUUUUAUUAGGAUCAGUCGCAGUUUUUGAUAAGACAAAGGUUCUGUUGUUUUUUUAAUUCUCGACAGGAGAUUUAUGCGUUUUAACUUUUAAUAUAAGGUUGUAUUUGCGCCAUCCUCACUACUGAAAUACUCCGAUUCUGUUAUUUACUUUUUCUAAGUUUCGUUGAAAAUGCCCGCUGAAGAUUUGGAAGAGCACCGAGAUGCUUUUGGUUUGUUUGAUAAACAAGGAGAUGGAAAAGUAGAAUGCGGUGAAAUAGGAGAUAUGCUUCGGGCGCUUGGACUAAACCCUACUCAAGUUGAUGUUAAAAAAGUUAUUGCUGAUAUUGAUCCUUCAGGACAAAAACGAAUUUCUUUUGAAGAAUUUAUUCCAAUUUUCACCACACAGCGCAAAAAGGUAAUGUCUGCUGGGUUUGAACAUUUUUCUGAAGGUUUUCGUGUAUUUGAUCGUGAUAAUAAUGGAACCGUUAGUGUUGCUGAGAUAAGACAUUUAUUAACAAGUUUAGGUGAAAAAUUAACAGAUAGUGAAGUUGAUACUCUAGUGCAAGGAAUGGAAGACAAAAAUGGAAAAAUCAAUUAUGAAGAAUUUGUUCGGACUGUUUUGAAUGGGUAAUGAACAAUCAGUUUUCAUUCUGUUAUCAAUGGAUUACUAUUGGCUUGAGUAUAUUUCGUUACUUCAAUUAAUAUACUAAACAUUAGACAGAUGUUUAUAACUUCAAUGUAUAGUUCUACUUUUUUAUGUUACAAUAGAAGAAAAGAUGAAAAUAGAUUAAGUGAUAAAAUAAAUAGAGAAUUUCAUUUAAGCAUUAGUUCCUUUUUUUAUUAUUUUUUUUUUUAUUAUUAACAUUUUUUUAUAGUUUUAUUUGAUUUUCGAGUUUUGUAUGGGAUUUGACAUCAAAUUGAUUGUUUUUUACGAUUUUCUUUGUUAGCUAUUUAUACUUGAUUUUUCUAACCGAAUGAAUAAAUGUUUCAUAUUAUCA